GCAGCAAUGCGGACAGACCCAAGCUGUCAGGACGUGUUGUCACAGCUGUUAGCAUGUAGCUGAUGUUAGCCUGCUAGUAUGGAGCCGACGCUAGCCUCAGGAUGACGACGCUCCGGGUUCUGCGGCUGCUUCGCUCCUCGCUCCCGGACGCCGCUCCUCGGUUCUCGGGACGAACGUUUCACCUCCAGACGCUGCGUCCGAACAAAGAAGAAACAGACGCUUGUGCAGUGUCUCCCUCCAAGAAGACCAGGGUGGACACGAAGCCUGCAGGGGACAGACCCGUCCUCAGGUUCGCUAAACUGUCCGAGCACGCCACGACCCCGACCAGAGGCUCGACCAAGGCUGCAGGAUACGAUCUCUACAGUGCAUACGAUUAUACAGUCGGACCUAUGGACAAGGCCAUCGUGAAGACGGACAUCCAGAUUGCUGUGCCACACGGCUGCUAUGGCAGAGUGGCACCGAGAUCUGGCCUGGCAGCGAAACACUUCAUCGAUGUUGGUGCUGGAGUCGUGGAUGAAGACUACAGAGGAAACGUAGGAGUCGUGCUCUUCAACUUCAGCAAGGACACGUUUGAGGUGAAAAAGGGCGACCGAGUGGCUCAGCUGGUGUGUGAGAGGAUCUGUUACCCAGAUCUGAUCGAGCAAGAGACGCUCGAUGAGACGGAGCGCGGGGCCGGAGGCUUCGGAUCGACCGGACGCAACUGACAUGUUGUGAUGCACUUAUACAUAUGUUUAAAAUAUUUAGAGAGGGUGUUAAUAAAGUUCUGUUUUUCUA